CAGCUGUUGACAGUUGAUAACAUCGUGAACGUAGUACUUGUAUUUCUUGACCUUGGUAGCGACUCCAGACUACAUCGGAGCUCUAAUUAAAUUACAGGCAAUUUUUUAAAGAUGUCUCUUGAAUCGAUACAUUACAAGACAGGAAGUUUGAAAAUAUUAAACCAGCGACUAUUACCAACGAAGAGUGUAUAUGAAGAAAUUCAUACAAUUCAGGAUGCUUGGGAUGCUAUUAAGACUAUGAUGGUGAGAGGUGCUCCUGCCAUUGCAAUAGUUGGUGCCUUGACUCUGGCUGUUGAGCUGAUAAAACAACAAUUUGAAUCAAAAACAAAACUAUCUGAAUUUGUAGAGACAAGCCUUACACACCUAAAGACUGCAAGACCAACAGCCGUGAAUAUGACAGAGGCAGCCAAUAGACUUAUAAAGUUAGUCGAGGUAUUAUGUCAAAACUCAAUGUCAGUAGAAAUCAUCAAAGAAAGAAUUAUAGAAGAAUGUGAAGCAAUGUUAAAAAAAGAUGUUGCUGAUAAUAAGAGUAUGGGUCAACAUGGUGCCAAAGUUAUCAUUAACCAAUGUGGUAAUGACAAUCUACAUGUUAUGACACACUGCAAUACUGGUUCGUUGGCAACAGCCGGAUAUGGCACUGCAAUAGGCGUUAUCAGAGCACUCCAUGAGAUUGGUAAAUUGGAGCAUGCAUAUUGCACAGAAACAAGGCCUUACAACCAGGGUUCUCGACUUACAGCCUAUGAAAUGGUGCAUGACAAAAUACCAGCAACUUUAAUAGCAGAUAGUGCAGUUGCUAUGACAAUGAAAACUAAACCUAUUUCUGCUGUUGUUGUAGGAGCAGAUCGAGUAGUUGCUAAUGGAGACACAGCCAACAAGAUUGGCACCUAUCAGAUGGCAAUUGUAGCAAAGCAUUUUGGGAUACCAUUUUUUGUUGUAUCACCUUCGACAUCUAUUGAUCUGCAUAUACCAAGUGGAGAGGACAUAGUCAUUGAGGAAAGGUCACAUGAUGAGUUAACAAAAAUGAAAGGACAUCAAAUUGCAGCACCAGGUAUUGGUUGCUGGAACCCAGCUUUUGAUGUGACACCAGCGGAGCUGAUAACCGGUGGCAUAGUCACGGAACAUGGUGUUUUCAAACCAGAAGUUUUGAAAAAAGAAAUGGAAGAGCUAGGGUCAUAUAAUAUAAGAAAAAAAACAAAAUUUGAAAAUUGAAUACUGUGACCUGAGUAUCACUCUUCACUAAUUUUUUUGCCAAAUACAUCUUAAUCUUAUAUUUGAAUUUUCAAAUCACUUAACAUAUUUGUUAUUUUAUGCGGCCUGGAAGGUAAACAGAAGACAAAUUAAGAGACAAUGGUGUAAAUGCAACAAAGUAGCAUUGUUUGAUUGUGACUGGUUCAUGGAAUCUUUGAGGGUGUAACUGCAUCCAUGUGAAUAAGCAACUUUGCUAUUUUUCCACUAAUAUCGCCAAUGAAUCUGCAAAAGUUGUAUUGCUACAUGGUCACCUGUAUACACUUGUCACAAUAUCAGGGCAUAUCAAGAGUUUUACAAACAUUUUAACCAGUUAAAAAAUAAAGGGAUGAUAUUUCCCUCUCUAGAUCUGCCAUUGAGUAUGCAAAACUUAUCAACAACCAAUCAGAAAAUUGACAAGAACUGUUUUUAAGAGUUAUAUUCUGGCUGACUGACAAAGUCUCACAGGAGAGCUCUGAGAAUGUGGGGAUUUUUAAAACAGUAUAUAUUGUUUUGUAACACUGUGCUGACCCCUAGUCAAUUAAAAGCCUUUCUACUUAAAGUUUCUGAAAUGUACAAACUAAUCUACAUCUAAUCUAUAAUUGUUUUGUUAAAGAAAAAACUACUGAAUUUUCCAUUACAUUCGCCUGGUUGCAGGCAUGUCUUAAUGGCAAAAUAUUACACACUAAGGUUUAAUGCCUCAGAUGAGAAGAAUAGCCCCCUCUAUAUUCACCAGCUUAGUUUCACUUGUUUUAGUUUGAAUCAUAUUGAUAGCUAUUUAAUCUAAAUGAUGAUAAUCAUUUUUAUCAAAAAUAAUCUCUUUUUCAAGUACUGCCAAGUCAUCAUAUAUGGGCAUUAUUUCAUUAAAUAUUAAUAAUUGUUGAAUCAUAACUACAUGGAACCAUCUUUAUCCUUCCUUAAAGUUGUACUUUAAAUGCUAUAUUUGCUCUAUCAGUAGCAUAUGUGCUUACUGUAAAUAUUAAAGACUAAGACAAGUCCAUGGUCAAAAUAAGACGUAUUUCAAUGAUUUUGCAUGCAAUAAACACAAAUUUUUGCUGUUUGUUUAUUGAAGAUGCGCUUCUAAUAAAGAAAUUACAGUAUUCCUUAUUUGUACUUCAUGCCUCCAGUACCUUCAAUUCAGCACACAGGAAAAAGCUUUUUUCGAUUUUGAAUUGAAGAUUAUUUCAUGUACAUGUAGUUUUGAAUGUACCAAGUGGCAUUCAUAAAAUUUCCCACAUUUACACAGGGUCAAAGUUCAAUAAGCUAAUUAUGUAAUACAUGAUUUAGAUUUGUGUGCAAUUCUGUUGAAAUAUAAUUCACUAUAUGAAUACUUAAACUGAACAUUUAGGUAAUUAAAUAUUUACUAAGGUCUUUCAAAAGGCUAGCAGGAAACAAAAUUAUUAUAAAAUACCAGUUUGAACUACAAAGAAUAGUGUUCCAAUGUAAUUUAUAUACAUGACGUAUAUAAAUUAUGUUUUUUAUUUUUGAAUCCACUUUCUGAAAAAACAAUUCCUGCAAUACACUGCCACAUUUGCAUAAAACAGGGAUAUUGACUCAAAGAACUUUUAGAUAAUAUAAACACUCUACAUCAUCAUAUUUCAAGUUUUAGUACUGUAAGUUAUUUCUGUCAUGAAUAAAAUAAAAUCUACAUUUUGAAACUU